AUGAUGAACAACUCGACUAGUGUGGUAGAUUUUGAUGAGUUGCAAAAGAUGCUCUCGGAUUUGGCAUCUGGUUUCAAUUCUGAUAUUGAAGCUGCAACUCUUGCUGCUACACCACCAACUACUCCUCCAAUUGGCAGAGCAAAUAAUACAUCAACAACUUCAACUCCUUCAACUCCUUCUAAUACAGUAGCAACAGCAACAACAACCACAACAACAACUACAAACAACAUCACCACACCCCCACCCUCACUACAAAAAGAAAUUUCAUUGGAUGCUAUGCGUCAAGUCCAUGAAAAUUCACCACUUCAACGUACAGAUAAACCAUUCCAGAGAAAGAUCAAUCCAUUGCCAAGAUUGAUGUUGAACCACGACGAUGCUGAAGAAACUGGAACUGGAACGGGUGACGUCGAAUCAUCGUAUUCAUCUUCUUCUUCCGAUUCCGAGUCAGAGCAAGAGGAGUUGAAACGUGAUGACCAUCUUUAUCAGCAAGAUGAGGAGUCGGAGUCGGAGGAGGAGAAGGAACCGGUGGUUAAUCGUUCGCGUGCAGCAUCACAACUGAUGGUACAACAAAUGGAUGAACAACUCAGAAAAUCUGGUAUUAGAUUGUCGUCUGUUCUCGACCUGUCAAACUCGAGAUUACCCGCGCAGAGAAGAUCGAUUCGUUCUUCGAUCAUGCAGGAAUCCAACGAGGAAGAGUAUCAAUUGCAACAGCAGUACGAAGAGGCAGAACGUCGUGCUUCCGCUGCCAGUCAAGCAGAGGCACAGCGACGUGUGUCAGCUGCCAACCAAACAGAAGCAAACAACCAACCAAUUAGACAAUCGGCCUCCAACCAAUCGAUAGCAUCAACAACAUCAGCAUCUACAAUGGCAACAACUACAACAAUUACAACUACAACUACAACAACAGCAGCGACACUAUCGGAUAUUAGGAAAACAAGAAUCAAUUAA